CAUAGAAUAUAUAAAAGAGAGUAAAACCAUUGCUUUAAAAAAAAUAAAAGGAAAAUGAGCAAAUUGAGUGGUACUUGUGAGUUGUGAAUUGUGAAUUGUGAAUUGUGAACUGUGAUCGCCAAGUCUAUAGGCUAUGCCGCCAUAGCCAUUUCUUAUUCUCCAUUUCCAAUACCCAAAAAUAAAAAAUAUCUUCAUUCUGUCGUCAAUAUCCAGCAAAGAGUGGUAGCAAUCUUUUGAAUUCAGAUUAUUUUUUUUCAGUGUUUUGUGCAAGAUGCAUCCUCCAUUGACAUUACACCGGCAUCCAAUGUGCGCUGAGAUCAUCGAGACAUUCCAGAAAUGUCAUGAAGAACACCCUGUCGGGAAAUUUUUUGGCAAGUGCACCGAUUUUAAAAUUAAACUUGAUCAGUGCUUCAGGCAGGAGAAAGUCGUAAAACGGAAGGCAAACUUUGAAAAGAGUAAGAAACUCAAAGAAACGCUACAAGCGCAGAGGAAAGAAACUGCCGGACAAAGUUAACAAUUGAUUUUGGCGCUUCGUAUGCUUUGCGGGAACCAUUGAUAUGGCCUGCUCAAAUCGGCAUUUGAUUUAGUACGUAGCAUUACAAAAUGGGAAGUUUAUACUCUAGCAGUGCUGAUGAAUAGGAAUGACAUUUCCGAUUUUUGAUUUGCGCUGUACAGUGAAUAUAAAUCAGGGCCGUGUUAUACACAUCAAUUGCACGCUCGAGCCAUGAAUUCAAGGAAACAUUUAUGUUUUGUAUUUCUAUGAAAAGGAAAUGUGUUUGUAAUCCUAGUUGCAAAAUAGUUCAAGUAGGUUUCCCUUUGAUAUCUUUCUUUGUUUAAUGAUUAUGAAUUUGUGAAUUUCAGCUCAUUUUUGAACGGCUUAAAAAAUAAUUUUGGUUCAUUACGAAUUUUUUCUUGAAAGACAUAUAUACUUGAUAUGGACCCAAGGAAGGUUAAUCAUCUCCCACAAAUAUGUUUUCUAGUUUGGUUAAUUGUGCACUCCUAUAGCAACCACCAGUCAAUAACUUGUUAAAAGGGUAAAAUUUAUAUGGCAAACGUCCCAACAUUUCUAUUAGGCGAUAGCUCUUAAGGAGGUGUUUGGUAUGAGGGAUUUGAGAAAGGGAAUGGGACUUUGUCUCAAAAAUAAGUUUAAGUUUUUGUUUGUUUAAAGGGAAUGUGCAUAGGAAAUGUGAUUAAAAUGGGAGAAAAUCCCAAGAAAAAUGUGUUGGGGAGUGUAAGUAUUUGAAUUGAGACUUUCAUUUUAUGGGUAUGAGUUGCCGCCGUCAUUCCCUCUCCAGACCAUGUCCAUAGUUUUUCUAUGAGCGGGGAUACAUUGGGUAGGAUGAUGAUGACGACGACGACUUUCAUUUUAUCUUUUUUUUUCAAAGUCCCUACCAUGACAAAUAAGUCUCAUUAUCUUUAAAGUUUUAACUUAAAAGUCUCAUCUUAAAGUCUCACAAAUCCUGUUUUCUUGUGUCAAACACCCCCUUAAUAGUAACAAGGUAAUGAAAUGCUUUGUUAGAACUUCUUUAGUAACUGUGGGCACAGGGCACUCUUAAUGCUUAUAUCCCAACAAAUUCGUGCCUUGGCCCUUGCAGAUCCUGCGCAUUCAACUACGUCAUUACCUUUCCUUUGGGAUCACCCAAUAGACGUUCUCGAAGGCUUGAUUUCAAAAGUAAAAUUCAAAGGAUUCCAACAUAGAAUAACGGUUUUACUAAGCAAUUGAGAAUUGACUGCAACAUAUGAAUUGAAAGAUCACCAUGUUUGUAGGUUUUUCUCCUUUUGACUACUGAGCCCUUGUAGCAACAUUGAUCACAAUAUCCAGCAAUAUUUUCUCAAUCAUGCUAUAUAAAGAAAGAAAUGAGAGGAAUCCAAGGGAUAACACAUUUUCUUUGUUUAGACUGCAGAUGAGGAAAGAGAAAUGAAAAAAGAAAA